AUGGGGCUCUUCAAGCGUAAGGAGUCAAGGAACUCAGUUCAAAGUGACCGGGACGAAGGUGAUUCUUUUGUCUCGGUCAAUAGCGCUCGCACGUCCAAUACCUCCCUCAAGUCGCCCGGUUAUAAAGGCUCUAGCCUUCCUGCCUCCAUCCCGGAGAUGCCCAUCGCGAGACCACCAGACCCUGCAUUGGAUCCCGCUGCCUAUCUGCGAAGUAUUCACGCCGUUCGCGAUCGCGCCAGAAUUGUCCUGGACAAAGCUAAGCGGAACCAACUCCACCAUUUCGAUGUCGACCUGUCCAAGUUCAAAGCUACUGCUUCUUAUGUCGUAUCCAUAAUAAAGAGAGACUAUGCGCCAGACUAUGAAAACAUCCCGCCGCAUGGCCGCUGGCAACAUUUCGAUGUGGGCGGCCGACCCCGGAUCAACCAGCUUCUACAGUCGUGGCCCAGCCGGAUCGAUGCCCAAGAACGUACCCGCCGUUUGAUUGACCUAUUCGUUGUCUCAGUCCUGCUAGACGCAGGCGCAGGCACCAAAUGGUCCUACCGCUCAAAAGAGUCCGGUAAAAUCUACUCUCGCAGCGAAGGUCUUGCCGUGGCCAGUUUGGAGAUGUUCAAGUCUGGUCUGUUCAGCAGCGACCCGACAGAACCGUGUCAAGUUGACGGGGCUGGGCUGAAGAAUGUCACCGUCGAGAAGCUGGCCAAGGGCAUGCAGCACUCGGAACAGAACCUUCUUGCUGGACUUGAAGGGCGUGCGGGUUUACUCUCACGCCUUUCCGAGGCUUUGAAUAACCAGGAUUUCUUUGGCGUGGAUGCUCGUCCUGGUAACAUGCUCGACUACCUUCUGAGUCACCCCUCAACUCUCGCUUCUUCUGUACCUAUAAUCCCCAUAACUACACUUUGGUCCGUUCUUAUGGAUGGAUUCUCUUCUAUCUGGCCCCAGUCGCGAACACAGAUUGAUGGUGUUGCUAUCGGAGAUGCUUGGGUGUGCUCUGAUCUCCCCUCAUCUCCACCUGCACAACAGUGGGAGAGUAUCAUUCCUUUCCACAAAUUGACCCAAUGGCUCUGCUACUCAAUCAUGGUCCCCAUGUCUAAGUUGAUGCAUAUUCACUUUGCUGGUAGUGAGCUUUUGACCGGUCUGCCAGAGUACCGUAACGGUGGUCUUUUGAUUGAUAUGGGACUCCUCAGCCUUAAGUCCCCCGACCUGGAGCGCGGUAUCAGGGCCUUCAAAGAAAAUGCCCAGAUCAAGGGACAACCAAACAUGGAGGUGGUCCCACUGUUCUCUACAGAAGACGACGUAAUUGUCGAGUGGCGAGCAGUCACAGUAGGAUUCUUGGAUGAACUACUAGACGAAGUGAACAUGCAAUUGGGACUUUCUGGCUCAGAAGAGCAAUUAUCACUAGCCCAGAUGCUGGAAGCUGGUUCUUGGAAGGGCGGCCGUGAAAUCGCCGAGGUCUCCAGACCAAACACCAAGGAGCCUCCAAUUAUGAUCCGCUCCGACGGCACAGUCUUCUAA